UACCGAUGUCGUUACGAUAAUUCUCUCGUGUGCUUUCCUGUCACUCAUAUGUACAGUGAUAACGAUGACAGCCAGCGAAGUGGACGUAGUCGUAAUUGGAGCAGGGCUCAGCGGUUUGUCCGCAGCCAAACUGCUUGAUGAGACAGGAUUAAGUGUCGUUGUAUUGGAAGCUAGAGACAGAGUAGGAGGAAGGACGUUCACGGAACAUAAUGACACAGUGAAUUAUGUGGAUUUUGGAGGGGCGUAUGUAGGACCUACGCAGAACCGAAUAUUGCGAUUGGCUGAUGAGUUCGGGGUUGAAACGUACUUAACCAAUGAGGUUGAAGAUUUGGUGUACUAUAAGCAUGGAAAAUCAUACAGAUUCCAGGACGCGUUUCCUCCAAUGGGCAGCUUUCUGGCCACCUUAGAUAUGAACAAUAUAUUUAGGAAGAUGGAUACAAUGGGGGAAGAGAUUCCGGCCGAUGCACCUUGGAUGGCACCGCAUGCUGAAGAGUGGGAUAGCAUGACCGUGCAGGAGUUCUUUGACAAAAACGUCUGGACAAAGUCUGUCAGGGAUUUUACUUCAAAGUUCGUCAAUGUGAAUGUGACCUCUGAACCCUAUGAAUGUUCGUUGCUAUGGUUUCUUUGGUAUCUGAAACAGUGUGGUGGACUGGAUCGAAUAUUUUCAACAACGAAUGGAGGCCAGGAAAGGAAAUUUGUAGGUGGGUCUCAGCAGAUCAGUAAAUGUAUGGCAAAGAAACUCGGCAAAGACAAAGUGCUACUGAGCCAUCCUGUGUGUAAAAUUUCCCAGAAUUCAAAUGGUGCGAAGGUUACUGAUAUACAUGGUAACCAUUAUCAGGGAAGAUAUGUAAUAGUAGCCACACCCCUUCCGCUCCAAAACAAGAUCACAUAUGAACCGUCAUUACCUGCUCUACGAAACCAGCUGAUACAGAGGGUCCCAAUGGGGUCUGUCAUCAAAACAUUCGUGUACUACAAGACCCCCUUCUGGAGGGAGAAAGGGUAUUGUGGGUCGUCAGCCAUAGUAGACGACGAAGGCAUUAUAGGAUUCAGUAUGGAUGACGUAAAACCGGGAGAUAAUCACGAUCUUCCAGCCCUUAUGGGUUUUAUUCUAGCCGACAAAGCCAGAACACUAUGUAGCUUAACAAAAGAAGAGCGAAAACAACGAAUUAGUAAACUUUACUCCAAAGUCUUCCAAUCACAAGAUGCCUUACAUCCUGUGCAUUAUGAGGAGAAAAAUUGGAUGGAGGAACAAUGGUCAGGAGGCUGUUACACAGUAAUGAUGCCGCCGGGUCUCCUAACGAAAUUCGGGAGAGAGCUCCGUAAACCAAUUGAUAGAAUUCACUUUGCUGGGACAGAGACCGCCACCCAAUGGUCGGGGUAUAUGGAGGGAGCAGUACAAGCCGGAGAACGAGCAGCCAGGGAGAUACUCUUUGCUGAGCAUAGUAUAUCUGAAUCUGAAAUAUGGAAAGACGAACCAGAAAAUCAGCGUGUCAAGGCAAGACCGUUCCACACAACAUUCUGGGAGAGGAACGCCCCGUCAGUGCCAGCCUUUUUCAGAAUCAUUGGUGUGACGUCAGUACUAACAGCUGCUGCUGCUGGAGCCUUCUUCCAUCUCAACAAGAAAUAGAGUUUGUGACGUAGAAAAUAUUUUUAUGAAAAUCUUCUUCUUUGAACUGUAUUUUUGAUAAUAUUUGGAUUAUAAGAUAAACUUUAUUAUAUAUUCAGACAGAUAAAGUUAAGGUUUUGUUGUGAUAUAAAAGAUAAGAGUGCGAUUGUAAAAAAUCCAGUCUGAAAUUAGCAUUUGUUAAUGUAUAUGUUAAACAGAAUUCACUAUUUUUAUUAACACUUAGAAUGUUUCAAUGCUUUGUCAUAAUUUGGGGUUUUAGUCGAUAUUCUCGUUAAUGGUUGUUAUUAAUUGUAAACAGGAGGUAUUUUACCUGCAAUGUUAAUAUACUCGAGAAUAAGAUUAAGCUAUGAUGGAAUCUGUAUCUCUGUCCUAUUGGCCGGCAUGGUUUCAAUUUACCUUUUUGUUGAUUUAGUGAUACUAUUAUCAUUAUUUUUUUUACAGUUUAUUUUGACUUACUAUUCAAACAUCAUUUAUUUUGAUAAGAUGUGUGUGUCAUGCUGAGACCCAUGUAUAUACAAUAAAACUUAUAAAAAGUG